AUGUCCAUUGUGAGAGUUUACUCCGAGUCUGUGGAGAUCGAGGGAACACUCGUGGAUGGCCGACAGCACAGGUGCCUCGUGCACAGCAACCCUGCGAAGGACAGGUUGCCCGAUGCCCUGGUCGGGCGACAGCUCAAUGACGGCUCAUGGGUAAAGACCAUCGUCUUUCCAAGUACGCCGCCUGAAGGCGAGACUGAGAGCCCGCCUCGCUUCGUUCACGAUGUGAAGUUGGUGCAGACGGCUCUUGGGAAAGGCUUCAACGUCAAGGUUUCCGACCUUCGAGAACACACGGCCUGCUUGUUGCUACGGGACGAGUUCAAAACCCGCGACAUCUUCAGGGUUUCUGUGCGAGACUUCCAGGCCUCGUCGAAAUCUCAGACAGGACUCGAG